CCACGUGCAAUAAGGGCUUCUUUAUUGCGAAUAAACCGGGCAUUACUAAACAAGAGUUAGUGUGUCUUUUUUCCUCCGCCAUUGAGUUCUCUGUAAAUGUUUAAUCAAAGCAUGAAUAAGCAUAUACUUCCUACCACGGCUACACAGAGCCAAGCCGUGGAUCUGUCACCUUUCAAUAUGAAAAAAAGGUUCCUCUGAACCGGCCAUUCAAAAAUAAAAAUAAAUAUCAAUUUAAUAAAUAACAACGCACGUUCUUUUCUUUCCCUUUUCUUUUUUCUCAUCCACGAAAAAAAAAGAAAAACGCGGAUGGCCACCAUGAAACGAAGACAUAUUCCCCUGUCUGAAAAGCAAGCGGAAUAUGUUAUGGAAGAUCAACAGGACGCAUUAAAGCAAAAGACACAAAAAUACCAACCAGCCGUCGUCUAUUCUUCAAACAAGAACAUUGCAUUUUUACAAAAGAACCAACACACAAUCAUUACCAUCGUCUUGACUCUGAUAUCCUUUUGGACUCGAUUUAGAAAGAUUACACUCAGUAAUGCUGUGGUCUGGGAUGAGGCACAUUUUGGAAAGUUUGGAUCUCAUUAUUUAAAUCAUGACUUUUAUUUUGAUGUGCAUCCACCUCUUGGUAAAAUACUAGUGGGUUUGUCAGGCUGGAUCGGUGGUUAUAAUGGAUCUUUCAAUUUUGAUUCAGGUGCUACUUACCCUGAGGAUGUCAAUUAUGCCUGCAUGCGUAUCUUUAACGCGUUCUUUGGCGCCAUGAUGGUUCCCGUUGCCUACCUCACUGCUGUUCAAUUGAAAAUGUCUUUAAAAGCAUCCAUUUUGGCUGCCACCAUGGUCUUACUCGAUAAUGCCUAUCUUACCAUCAGUAGAUUCAUCUUGUUAGAUUCCAUGCUUCUUUUCUUUACCUGUACUUCUCUCUAUACUUUGACCACUUUCCACAAUUUACGUAACCAAUCAUUUUCUACCGAAUGGUGGACUUGGCUUUGUUUGACCGGUGUUUCAUUGGGCUGUGUAUUAAGUGUGAAAUGGGUCGGAUUAUUUGCUGUGGCUGUUGUAGGUGUAUAUACGAUCGAGGAUCUUUGGGAAAUGUGGGGUGAUUUACAGAUCCCCAAGAAGACCUAUAUUCAACAUUGGAUUGCGCGUAUUAUUGGUUUAAUCGUUAUUCCUGCAGUCAUUUACCUUACUAGUUUUGUGUUACAUUUUGCGCUCUUGUACAAGAGUGGCCCUGGGGAUGCUCAAAUGAGUUCGCUUUUCCAAGCUAAUUUGGAAGGAAAUUCCAUGACCGAGAAUCCACUUGAAAUUGCAUAUGACUCAAAACUUACAUUCAAAAAUGCUGGUUAUGGUGGCGGAUUACUUCACUCUCAUGUCCAAACUUACCCUGAAGGAUCCAAGCAACAACAAGUCACUUGUUAUCAUCACAAGGAUGAUAAUAACCAUUGGACUAUUCGUCCUCCUAGAACCUAUGAUUCCAGCUUAUACGAAAACCCUGAGGACGAAAGUUUCAUUCGAUUCGUCAAGGACGGUGAUAUAAUUCGUCUUCAACAUACUUCCACUGGCCGUAAUUUGCACAGUCACCCCGUCGCAGCACCUGUCACAACGGGACAAUGGGAAGUGAGUUGCUAUGGUAAUGAAACUGUGGGAGAUGUGCAAGAUAACUGGAAAGUGGAGAUUGUGGAUGAUUUUGUGUAUCACGAUAAGGAAAGAGUUCGAUCCUUGACCACACGAUUCCGUCUUCGUCAUGAAAAGAUGGGAUGUCUUUUAACAGCGGAUAAUGGUGUAUUACCUCAAUGGGGUUUUAAACAAACCGAAGUGUAUUGCGAUAAGAACAAUAACACAGAUGAUCCUCAUGCUAUGUGGAAUGUGGAACAACACUGGAAUGAAAAAUUACCUGCUGCUCCUGCCAAUUCUUACAAGUCUCAUUUCCUUCGUGAUUUCCUGACGCUUAAUAUUGCUAUGUGGACCUCUAAUAAUGCAUUGACACCGGAUCCCGAUAAAUAUGAUAUUCUUUCCUCUGGCCCCAGUGAAUGGCCUUUUGUGUCUGUGGGACUUCGUAUGUGUGGAUGGGGAGAUAACGAUGUCAAGUAUUAUCUUUUGGGCAACCCAAUUGUGUGGUGGUUAUCCAUCACAUCUAUUUUUGUCUUUGUUGGUGCUACAGCCUUUUAUUUAAUUCGUAUGCAAAGAAAGAUUUAUGAUCUUUCGAACGCUCAAUGGGACCAUUUCUUUUAUGCAGGCAAGACCUUGUUCCUUGGCUGGUUCUUCCAUUAUAUCCCGUUCUUCAUUAUGGGUCGUGUCACCUACUUGCAUCAUUACUUCCCAGCACUUUAUUUCAGCAUCAUCAUGGUUCCAUUUUUAAUGGACCAUUUCACUCGCAACAGUUCCAAAUUAGUACAAUACGCUGUAUUUGUACCUGUUUAUUUGGCUGUCAUUGCCACUUUCAUUCAUUUCGCUCCUGUUUCUUUUGGUUUAGAAGGUCCCAUUUCCAACUACUCUUCACUUGUAUGGAGAAAGAGUUGGAAUCUUAUUCAAGAGCAUAAUACCUAAUUAAAUAAAGAAAAAAAAAAAAAGAAGAUAAAAAAAA